CAGCAGGCACAGGCAGGCGGGGGUGACGGCUCGGCGCGCGCGCCCUUCUCCUUCUCAAUCUCGGCUCCUCCUCCGCCUCGCGCACUCUCUCUCCUUCUGCGGCUCUGCUGCCGACUGCACGAGACGCACGAGCUGACCUGCCAAGGCCGGAGCGCACACUAUUAAUGGCGGCGUAGCGUAGCUCAACUGCCCCCUCCUUCCCUCUCCCUCCCAUCCCUCCCCGCGCCGCAGAGCCACCAGCCACAGCGAGCGUAAAUGAUGCCACCACCCCACCCCGCACAGGGCACACCACCACCACCUCCUCGCCCGAUCCAAUGCCCCAUUAUUACCGCGACGACCACCCCACAGCUAGCUAGCCAGUAGCCACCACUACCACUAGCAAUACCUGAGCGCGCGGCCCUCCGCUCGCUCUCCACCCUCCAGGCCGGCAGCCAUCCGGCCGGCCACGAUAAAUACGCAGCAGCAGCUCGCGUACUGCGUACACACCGUCGCGAGCUAGCUAGCUGCUAGCCACACCACACCUUUCUCUGCCCACGCACAAAAGCCAUGGCGACGACGCGGCCUCGCGGUGAGGGUGGGGCGGCGAGCGGCGCGCUGGUCAUGGCGAUCGUCGUCGUCGUCGCCAUCGUCCUGCUGCUGCUGCCAUAUGGAGCCGGCGCGGAGGAGUGCGAGGACGGCAUGAGCACCCGGGCGCGCGCGGGCGACCGCGUGGAGGCGCUGCCGGGGCAGCCGGCGGUGGCGUUCGCGCAGUACUCCGGGUACGUGGCGGUGGACCGGGACCGCGGCCGCGCGCUCUUCUACUGGCUGACCGAGGCCGUCGGCGACGACGCGGCCGCCAAGCCCCUCGUGCUCUGGCUCAACGGAGGUCCUGGAUGCUCGUCGGUGGCGUAUGGAGCGUCGGAGGAGAUCGGCCCGUUCCGGAUCAAACCAAACGGGACAGGCCUGUUCCUCAACAAGUACUCAUGGAACAGAGAGGCAAACCUUCUGUUCCUCGAGUCGCCCGCGGGAGUCGGCUUCUCCUACGCCAACACCACCUCGGACCUCAAGACGUCGGGCGACGAGAGGACCGCUCAAGACGCGCUGCAGUUCCUGGUCAGCUGGAUGUCACGGUUCCCGCAGUACCGGCACCGAGAUUUCUACAUCGCCGGAGAAAGCUACGCGGGCCACUACGUCCCCCAGUUGGCAAGGAAGAUCGUCGAGUACAACGAGGCCUCGCCUCACCCCUUCAUCAACCUCAAGGGAAUCCUUGUGGGCAACGCGGUGACCGACAACUACUACGACAACAUCGGCACGGUCACCUACUGGUGGACGCACGCCAUGAUCUCCGACCGCACCUACAAGGCCAUCCUCAGGUGGUGCAACUUCAGCAGCAGCAGCAUCUCGCGCCCCUGCAACCGCGCCAUGAGCUACGCCAUGAACCACGAGUUCGGGGACAUCGACCAGUACAGCAUCUACACGCCGUCGUGCGCCGCCGCGGCCAGGGCCAACGCCACCGUGCUCAGGUUCAAGAACACCCUCGUCCGCCGCCGCCGCUCCUCCGGCUACGACCCCUGCACGGAGACCUACGCCGAGAGGUACUACAACAGGAUGGACGUGCAGAGGGCGAUGCACGCCAACACCACGGGGAUCCCCUACAGAUGGACUGCCUGCAGUGAUGUGCUGAUCAAGACAUGGCAAGAUUCAGAGUUCUCCAUGCUGCCGACGUACAAGAAGCUGAUGAAAGCAGGAUUGAGGAUAUGGGUGUUCAGCGGCGACACAGAUUCAGUCGUCCCGGUGACCGCGACGAGGUUCGCCAUCAGUCAUCUUGGUCUGAAGAUCAAGACCCGCUGGUAUCCAUGGUACUCAGCUGGACAGGUACGGAACUUGCCAUUGCUGCUGUUGUUGCUUGUAACGUCUUCCGAGUUUGGGGCGCAUGUGCAGGUAGGAGGAUGGUCUGAGGUGUACGAAGGGCUCACGUUUGCGUCGGUGAGAGGCGCAGGGCAUGAGGUGCCGUUGUUCCAGCCCAGGAGGGCGUUCAGGAUGUUCCGGUCGUUCUUGGCCGGGGAGCCAUUGCCCAAGUCCUGAAGGUUCCUGACAUGUGACUGAGGCCAUGCAUGCCUACCUGAUCAUGUCUAGCUACGGUCCUGACGGGUGAGAAGGUGACGUUCCCCAGGUAGAGAAUGACUUGUUGAUAGGCGCGCAGUUCAUAGCUGAGGAGUGAUUGAUUGGUCUCGGGAGAAGGAUGUAGAGAAUAAUAAGGAUGGCUAUGUUAUGCCAUGGAAACCCAUGAGCAUUGCAAUGAUUAGCGAAUAAUUUUCAGUGAUCUCACUCUCAAGUGCUUAUGUUAUGUUAUGUUAUGCCAUGGAAACCCAUGAGCAAUGCGACGAAUAAAUUUGAAGGAUCUCACUCUUGAACCAAA